AUGUCGUCGGUGGCGUUUCCACGUCGUCUUACCCUCUUUACAAUGUGGCCGUCUCUUGCGUGGGCGGUGCUGGUGGCUCUACCGGCACUUGUUCUUUCGGUCUCGCCCACUGACGAGCUGCAGGAUGCUGAUGUGCCGCAAUCCGGAUACCUCCCUAAUCACAAUGUCGACCCUGCGAACUUGGGCUCCUACGUGAUGCAGUGGAGAGACACGUUCAACACGAAUGAGAUGUUUCACGCAAAACCCUUGGUCUGGACUCCCCCUGGCGGCGCAAACGAAUACGUCACUGUAGUGUCGAACCAGAACGUCAUCCGUGUGCUGGAUGGCCUCACGGGCGCCGUCGUCCAGCAGAGGACUCUGGACCCGCCGUUCCUUGCCAGCGAUGCUCAGUGCGGCGAUAUCCCCAACACGAUCGGCAUCACGUCGACUCCAGUCAUUGACCCCAGCACCAACAUCACGUAUCUCUACUCCAAGGGCUACAAGAACGGCGCCGCCGGUGGCGGGGCUAUCAACGGCCAGUACAAGCUCUACGCCGUUAGGCUUCCCUCGUUGUAG